GCCUCAGUGCACGUCCCAGCCGCGAGUGCUUGCCAUCGCCGCAGCCGCAGGUGACUCACUGGUCCUACACCUCGCCGCAGCCGGUGCAGUACACAUCUUCGGUGUCCUCUGUGUACUCAACACCCUCAAAAUACGUGACAACGGUGCGCCAGUAUUCGACGCAAUCCACAUCGGUGCAACUCCCCACGCCACAGGGCACCCCGUCCUCCGCCCCGCGCCGUUCUCAUCCGGCACAGCUUUUGGGGCCCGUGGAGGAGCUACGGCGCUUCCCGAACCUGGACAACCAGAAGCCAGAGGAGAAGAACGACAAGAACGACCCACAAGUCUCGCAGGACCACCCUUUGAUGCAGCGGCCGCCCCCGGAAGUGCAACGGCCAAUGCUUCGAGAGGAUCCUGAUGGAAUGCGUCGCCAUCUGCAGGCACUGCCGAAAACGCCGAACUUGGGCCGCACCCAAUCGUCCACGCCAGAGCCGAGCCCAGGUCGACAUCUGCCUGAGACGGAGAGACCGGCCCCCGCAACUCCGACAUUGCGGCCGAGGACUCCGGAGGUGGUGGAAUUGGAGGACUCUGAUGAGGCUGCGCGGGCGCACGGGAUGAACAACGGGCCGGAACCCGCGCCCAUGCCGGACCAACAUGCGCAGGCCUCGAUGUCUGCCACUUCCGCUUUGGCGACGGUGAAGGCCAUCCCAGACUCUCCUGCCCCGUCGAGCACGAGGGAGGCGGAGAUCUCGCUGCCACACGCGGUUCCGACAGAUGUGGAGGUGGACUCGACCCCGACGCUGCCGCCAACCUUGGCCUCCGUAGAGGUGGCCCCUCCGCCUCCUUCAGAGGUUGAGGUGCCUGCCGAGCUGGUCACCGAAAUGGAG